AUGCCCGCCACAGAGGGACGGCCCAGGCGGGCGCCUGGGACCGCCUCCGCCAUCCCCCCCCGACAGGCCCCGACGGAGACAGAUCCCCCGCCGCAGGGGAGGAGACCCCGCCCACCGUGUCGGGGCCGUGGGGCGCGGGUCCUGCCGUGCCGCAGCUUGGUUUCAGGCGGAGAGGGGACUGGCAUCCCUCCAGCGGCCGCCCCUCUUUGCCGGCCGCCGGAGCUGAGAAGGGGGCUGCCAAGGUGCCGGAGCGCGGCAGCCAGCUCGCUGCCGUCGGGGCGGGCGCCUCCCGCCGCGGGCUUGAGGCUGUCGGAGCGGCGGCUGCCGUCCAGCCCCAUGCUUUCGGGUCGUUCCGGGUACUGUCCCAAGCUACAUGAUCCAUCCAAAACUGCUAGUGAUCUCUCAGGAAAGCAUGCAGGACUUAAUUAUGUGGUCUGCUUUAAUUUGGGGUGA